AUGGACUGGCUUACAAUGGUAACACUUGAUGAAAUGGAACGUCUAGGUAGAAAUGUAAAUACAGUCGAAGAGUUGGAGGUUGUUGUAAGGAAUUACGUGGAGAGUAAAAUAAAAACAAGACGUAUAUAUGAUCCAGUAUGUAGUGAAUGUGGUAGUAAGUCUAUUGUAAUGAUAAGUGGAGCAGAAACAUGCACAGAAUGUGGAACAAGUGAUAUGAAUAGUUUUACAUACUAUGUUAGUUACAACAACAAUAAGGACGACUACUUGAAAAAGAAGUCUUGUCAUAAUAGAGUCCGUUGGUUUGAGAGACACUUAUUCGAACAUGUUGCUUCUGGGGAUAGGGACACCAUAAGGGAGCAGUUUAGAAGUAUUGUAAGAUGUAUACAAAGACUUAGACUGCAAAGGGGGCGCAACAUAAUUAGAUACAAGUUUUACCUACUGAGGAUAGCCAGCAUGAAUGGUAUCACCUUGAGAAACCCUCCUGAGGAUAUUAAGACUCAAAGGAUAGUGGACAUCCUUGAGGACAGAUUGUAUGGGAAAGUUUUUGUUGAGCUUGGAUGGAAACCUGAGAAGUGUAAAUAUUACGAUAACUGGAAAAGUAAAAACACUUAA